CACCCCCCACCCCCAAAUCCCACCCCCUGACGAUUCAUUAUCCUCUAAAUUAUAUAAACAAAAGAAAGAACAUAUACUCAGAAUUCUUCAUUAACGAAUGAUCAGUCAGCCAUGGCGGAGAAGAAAGAGCAAGUGAAGCCUCUCGCUCCCGCCGCCUACCGCAUCAACAUACACGACGACCACGCCGCUUCCGUUCCCUUGGAAUUCGGCACGCGCCGCCAUCGCAAAUGCAUCAGGUGCUGCGGCUGCUCAGCCGCUGUGCUACUGAUUCUAGCCGUGAUGAUUAUAAUACUCAUGUUCACGGUGUUCCAUGUCAAGGAUCCGGAUAUGAAGAUGAACUCCGUGAAGGUUGACGGGCUGUCUCUACUCUACAGCAACAAUACGGGCUUUCACCCGGGCCUGAACCUGACAUUCGUGGCGGAUGUUUCCAUCAAAAACCCGAAUGUGGCGUCGUUCAAGUUCGACAACACGACGACGUUCGUGUUCUACGACGGGGCUGUUGUGGGAGAGGUGAAGAGCCCGGCGGGACAGGCCCGGGCCCGGAGGACUCUUCGGAUGAACGUGACGAUUGAUGUUGCGGUGGAGAAGGUGGUGGGAGUGGGGCGAUUUAAGAGUGAUUUUGAGGCAGGGAUUUUUCCUGUGAGUACGUAUACGAGGAUUAGUGGGAAGGUGAGGAUUACAGAUAUGAUUAAGAGAAGUGUUGUUGUGAAAAUGAACUGCACUAUGAAUGUGAAUAUGAGCAGUCAGGGCGUUGAAGAUAGGAAUUGCAGGAGACGAGUUUCUUUAUAGUUCACGCUACCGCUCCGCUGUCAAUUUAUUCAAAUUUGAUUUGGGUAAGAAUUUUUUAUUUUGGUUUUGGGUAUUGUUUAGACAGAGAAAUUGUGAAGAAAGAAUGCAUUUAAUUAUCAAGAAUUGCGUUGAGGAACUAUAAUAAGGUUC